AGUUCAGUUGGUUGUAGGAUUCUAGUCAACUGCCCUUUGGAUAAAACAAUGGGUAGAGUAAUACUAUGUUCCUCUUGAAAACAAGUUGCCUCUUUUCUUAUCUCUAGUUCUAGCAGACUCUGUGGAGAAGAAAGAGAAGAGCGUUGAAGAUGGCAGGUGGAUCUUUGGCUCCAUCCGGUGUAGCCAAGGAGAGAGCACAGCAAUACCAAGGAAAGGUCACCUGUUAUGUAAUCAUUUCUUGUGUUGCUGCUGCCAUUGGCGGGUCGAUCUUUGGCUAUGACAUUGGAAUUUCAGGAGGGGUGACGUCAAUGGAUGGAUUUCUUCACAAAUUCUUCCCAGUAGUGUACCGGCAUAAGAUGCAUGCUCAUGAGAACAACUACUGCAAAUACAACAACCAAGGUCUAGCAGCAUUUACAUCUUCACUGUAUCUAGCCGGCCUAGUGGCAUCUCUUCUGGCAUCCCCCAUCACUCGGAAGUAUGGUCGUAAGGCAAGCAUAAUGUGCGGUGGAAUUAGCUUUAUCGUUGGAGCAACAUUGGAUGCUUCAGCUGUAAACCUCACAAUGCUCAUCUUGGGUAGGAUCAUGCUCGGCGUUGGCAUAGGAUUCGGGAAUCAGGCGGUUCCGCUAUAUUUGUCAGAAAUGGCACCGGCACAUCUUCGAGGAGGCCUAAACAUGAUGUUUCAGUUGGCAACAACAUUAGGAAUCUUCACAGCAAACAUGAUCAACUAUGGAACAGAGAAGCUCCGGCCAUGGGGAUGGAGGCUUUCCCUGGGCCUGGCUGGAGCACCAGCUCUUCUGAUGACAGUGGGAGGAAUAUUUCUUCCAGAGACACCCAACAGCUUAAUUGAACGGGGAUAUACAGAAAAGGGAAGAGAAAUUCUUGAGAAAAUCAGGGGAACCAAGAAUGUUCAUGCAGAGUUACAAGACAUAACUGAUGCAAGUGAGUUAGCAAACUCAAUUGAGCAUCCCUUCAGAAACAUCCUUGAAAAGAGGAGCAGGCCGCAAUUAGCCAUGGCAAUCUUCAUGCCUACCUUCCAGAUACUUACUGGCAUCAAUUCGAUUCUCUUCUAUGCUCCAGUUUUGUUUCAGAGCAUGGGAUUUGGGGGGAAUGCUUCUCUGUAUUCUUCUGCCUUGACUGGAGCAGUUCUGGCUUCAUCUACUGUAGUCUCUAUUGCAACAGUCGAUAAAUGGGGUCGAAAAGCUUUACUCAUUGGCGGAGGAAUUCAAAUGAUUGUGUGCCAGGUUACAGUGGCAAUAAUAUUGGGCUUCAAAUUCGGCAGCGAUAAGGAGCUCUCAAAAGGCUUAUCAAUUCUGGUGGUGGUUGUGAUCUGCCUCUUCGUUGCAGCUUUCGGGUGGUCAUGGGGUCCUCUAGGAUGGACAGUGCCAAGUGAGAUCUUUCCACUGGAAAUCAGAUCGGCUGGCCAGAGCAUCACAGUGGCUGUGAACCUAUUCUUCACUUUUGUCAUAGGCCAGUCUUUCCUUUCCCUCCUCUGUGCAUUCAAAUUUGGGAUUUUUCUCUUCUUUGCCGGCUGGAUCACUGUGAUGACAGUCUUUGUCUACCUGUUCCUGCCUGAAACCAAGGGAGUCCCCAUUGAAGCGAUGAUAUUCUUGUGGAGAAAGCAUUGGUUCUGGAAGAGAGUUGUACCUAGAUGUCCAGAUGUCAACGGCAGUUCCUAAACAGAAAGUAACUCUAUAAAUGUGAAAAACAAACUACUUAUCCAUUAACAUUACCCCCGGCCGCUAGUUAACUUGGAUAAGUAGGGAUGUGAAACAGGGUAGAUAAACGGGUGUGUUCUGUAAACUAUAUGCCAUACCUGCUGGUACUUUUGGACCAUCUCAUAAAAUUUCUCCACGUGAAAAUGGUAUUGAAAUUUCAUUUCAUCA